AUGAAUCCGAAGAAGCUCCACGAGAUUGAACGGCUCUCGUCGCUUGUAGUAGCUGCCGCGCAGCACACUGCCGCCCACAGCCCCUCCCGCAUUCACUGUUCAUCCCGCUACAGGAAUCACUGUUCCCCUGGCUCGGAUGGUUACUGUUCAUCAAAGGGCGGCAAUGUGAAAGACUCAAAUCAUGGCACUGUAACGGUGGUUGAUCUCGGCGCCGGGCAGGGAUAUUUGUCUCAGAUCCUUUCGUUUCAUUUCGGGCUGCCCGUUGUGGCAGUGGACGCGUCGCACCACCACACGCGUGUGUUGCACACGCGCGCGGCACGUGCCAGCAAGGCUUGUGGGAAAGAGGGGAGGCAGGGGAAAUGGGGGAAGGGGAAGGAGGGGAAAGAGGGCGAAUGGAGGAAAGGGGGUGAAGGCAGUGGAUUUAGGGAGAAGGAAAAGGAGGAGGAGAAGGAAAAGGAGGAGGAGAAGGAAAAGGAGGAGGAGAAGGAAAAGGAGGAGAAAGGGGUAGCAGAACCAGCGGUUGGUGCUGGUGCAGUAGCAGGCGAUAUACGGCCCUGUGCUUCUGAACCUGGAGCAGAAGCAGGUUCGGGUUUGGUGCGGAAUCCGAGGCUAGUGACUCGAACCAUAACUCUUGGCUCGGCAGCUACCACGAUUGGUGCACUGCUGAGAGGCGGUGGGGAGAGGAUGGGGGAGGAACCAUGCUUGGAGGAGGGGAAAAGAGAGGAGGGAAACGGGGGGAAAGGGAAGGAGGAGGAAAGGGAGGAUAGAACUGGAGAAAGAGAGGCGAGCAAGGCAAGAAGCAGGGAGGAGAGCGAUGCGGAUGCAGUGAGUGUGAGUGGCAUGGUAGGAAACGGCAUGGAAAGCAACGGCAUGACAGUUGACGGGAUGGAAAGAGACGGCAGAGAGGCGCAUGGCGACAGCUGCGGCUGUAGCGUGCGUGGCGUGCUGGCUGGGCUGCAUGCAUGUGGCGACCUGACAGUGAGCGCACUGCGAGCCUUUGUGCUACAGCCAGAGGAACACACGGCCUCUGAUCGUCACACCUGUCAGCCUCUCAUUGGCCGCAACGGCCGUGACCUGGCAUGCCAGAGUGCGGACAGGUGGAAGGUAACCCCUCCUGAAGAGGCAGAGGGAAACUUCGAGGUGCAUGCCUUCCGGGCGGCACUGGAGGUGCUGAUCGGGCGGCAUCGCGCAGAUAAGGACCAAGUUCCUGGUAAGUCCUCUCCCACCUCCAGCCCGCCUGCUGCUCCCUCCUCUCCUCCUCCCUCUUCUCCUCCUCCCUCUCCUCUCUCCGCUCCUCCCUCCCCUCCUCCCUCCUCUCCUCCCUCCCAUCAGCAUCACCUCGAAGCCUUCUCCUCCUACGUCCUCUCAGCGUGCCUCAAGCUGCGCAUCUCCCCAGCCCCAUCGCCAACCCUCAUCGCAAGUGUGUGGGGCGAGGUCGCUCCGCACGCCCCCCUCGUGCGCGCCUUCUGGUGCCUCCGUGCCGUGCUGGCAGGCCCGCUGGAGUCCCUGCUCGUGGCUGACCGGCUGCUGUGGCUGCAAGAAAUGGGGGGCCGGUUGAUGGUACAAGGAAAGGGGAGUGGGGCGGAGGAGGGAGAGGUUGAGAAGCAUGCGAGGGAGGAGGAGGAGGAGGAGGAGGAGGAGGAGGAGGAGGAGGAGGAGGAGGAGGAGGAGGAGGAGGAGGAGGAGGAGGAGGAGGAGGAGGAGGAGCAGGUGGGGGAGCAGCCGAAGUAUCAGGUGAAAGUAGAGGUGAAGCAGCGGGUGGGCGAUUCGGGGAGCCAUGGGUUUUGGUAUGGUGUUGUUGCUCUGUUCCAUCCGGAGACGUCGCCUCGCAACCUUGCCAUUGUGGCUCUCAAAGAUCACCAGAGGCUGCAACCGCAACCGGGGCAAUGA